AUGACAACUGAUCAAAAGCAUUCAUCCGAUAAUGCACUUACUGAGCAAGAAGCUAUCAGACAUAUAGAGAAAAUAGCCCGGAUAUUUGAGUUAUAUGAGCAAAAUUUGAAGGUGUAUAAUAUGCUUUUUGGGGAAAUUGGGGUGCUAGCAAAAAAGCUAGAUAAUUAUCAUUCUGAGUAUAUCAGUUUAAAAAAGACGGUAAAAAGACUGGAAAGAGAUGUAGAGUCCCUAGAGACUGAAUUAGAAGAUUUAGAUAACUGUAUGGAUAAGGACACUGUGGUUGACUUAAUACAUGAAAUAGUUCUCUCGCUGAUUAAUGAAAAAGAUAAGAGUUUCUCCUAUUCGUCCGAGACUUCUGAAGAAUCUGAUUCAGCUGAGACAUUUGAGGUAAGAGAACGAAAAGCUGUUCCUCGUAAGCAACGAAGAAAGGCACGGCCAAGAAAGAAUAGCUCACCAGAUGCUAUUGCAAAAUAUAUUGAAGUUCCAGAACUAGACCCAUGCUCAAGGUGUAAAGAAGAGCUUUUUUUGUACGAACUUAAAAAACCAUUUACCAUACUUGUCUGUGGACAUAUAUACCACCGUAGUUGUCUUGAGGAUUAUGUAAAAGAUCCCCCGCAAUGCUCUAAAUGUGCAAUGGAAAUUGAAUCUAUUGAUUAUGUACAUUCUGGCACUUCUGAGCAAAAAAUUGAUAAGUUGACUACCGAAAAUUUAGAUUCUACAGAAAAUAUUAUUACACAGUCAAGUUCAGUACCUACCGGUGAAAAUAAUCCUGAGUCAGUUGAUUUUCUUAACUUAUAUCGUCAGAUUGUAAAAGCUGAAGAUGACGAUAUCCCUAAUGAACCGAUUUCACAUUACUACGAAGACUAUGAAGACUAUAGAGAUAGAGUUAAGGAUAACAAUUCUAUUAGUAGUUAUAUGUGGUAUUCAACUAGUAAUGAUAAUUGUGAUGAUAAUGAUUACCUUCCUUAA